UUCUCCAUUCGAAGCCAAUCAAAAAGUCAUAGCAAAAUUUCAGGCUUACACACAAAAACGUAGAGCAUAAUUCCCCAAAAUUAAUUGCCAGCCGGUAGCAACAGAUCCUGCAUCCCGUAUCCUGUAUCCAGUAUCCUGUGACCUCUGACCUGUAGCCAAAGCCACCGCUUUCAGGAUGUGCAUGCCGUACCUGAACAAGCUCUUCGGCGGCGGCAACCGGAGGGAGCGACGCAACCAGAAUGGAGGCAUCACCCCGCUGCCCAGUUUGGCCAAUGUGAACCAGCUCUCCGUGGACACGGUGCGCACCGCCAAGUCCGGCAAGUCGGGUAAAUCGGGAAAGUCGGCCAGCCGGAGGAGCACCAAUGCCAACCAGUCCAGUGAGAGCAGCUUGGAGUCCAAUGCGGGGCAGUCCAUGGCCGUUCGCAACACCUCCGCCUCGGCGGCCCCCAGUGUUGCACCCGUCGAGGAAUCGAGGACACACCGAUCCUGGUGGGGCUACCUCGGCAUGAACAGGAACAAGAAGCCCAGCAUUGAUUCGCUCUAGAGCCCCCAAUCUGCCGGAAAUCGGAUACGGAUCGGAUUCGGAUUGGGCUCCCAAAGAAGAACUCUUCAACAGGAUCGGUGCUGAUCAUCGAAUUUGGGUUGGACUCUCGCUGAAACCAAGAAACCAAUGAAGACAUUCAUUUUUCGGUAGUGAGAUAUUAGUUAAUUAAAAAUUUCCAUCUAUUGGAUCUCUGGAA